AAAAUCCCACGUGACUGGCUCUGCUCUCAGGCCAUCAUGGCGUCUCCCAGUGGGAAGGGAGCCCGGGUGCCGGAGGCUCCUAGCUGCGGGCCCCGGCCGCUCGCUCGGGACUUGGUGGACUCCGUGGACGACGCCGAGGGGCUGUACGUGGCUGUCGAGCGGUGUCCGCUGUGCAACACUACCCGCCGGCGGCUGACCUGCGCCAAGUGCGUCCAGAACGGCGAUUUCGUUUACUUUGACGGCCGCGACCGGGAGAGGUUUAUAGACAAGAAAGAAAGGUUAAGCCAACUUAAGAGCAAGCAAGAAGAAUUUCAAAAAGAAGUGUUAAAAGCUAUGGAAGGAAAAUGGAUAACAGAUCAGUUGAGAUGGAAAAUAAUGUCCUGCAAGAUGAGGAUUGAACAGCUGAAACAAACAAUAUGUAAAGGGAAUGAAGAAAUGAAAAUAAAUUCUGAAGGCCUUCUCAAAACCAAGGAAAAGAACCAGAAGCUCUACACUCGGGCACAGCGGCACCAGGAGAAAAAGGAGAAGAUUCAGAGACACAAUCGCAGACUUGGUGACCUGGUAGAAAAAAAGACUAUUGACUUAAGAAGUCAUUAUGAGCGUCUGGCAAAACUUCGGCGAUCUCAUAUAUUAGAGCUCACCUCGGUCAUUUUUCCAAUCGAGGAAGUAAAGACUAGUGUGAGAGAUCCCGCAGAUGUGUCCUCGGAGAGCGACAGUGCCAUGACCUCCAGCACCGUGAGCAAGCUUGCCGAAGCCCGGAGGACAACUUACCUCUCGGGAAGAUGGGUCUGUGACGAUCACAACGGGGACACCAGCAUUAGCAUCACAGGGCCUUGGAUUAGCCUUCCCAACAAUGGGGACUACUCUGCCUACUACAGUUGGGUGGAAGAGAAGAAAACCACACAGGGGCCUGACAUGGAGCACAGUAACCCCGCUUACACGAUCAGCGCCGCCUUGUGCUACGCGACUCAGCUGCUCAACAUCUUGUCUCAUAUACUUGACAUAAAUCUUCCCAAAAAGCUGUGCAACAGUGAAUUUUGUGGGGAAAAUCUCAGUAGACAGAAAUUUACUCGAGCAGUGAAGAAACUGAAUGCAAAUAUUCUUUACCUGUGCUUUUCUCAGCAUGUAAACUUAGAUCAGCUACAACCACUGCACACUCUGAGGAACCUAAUGUACCUGGUCAGUCCUAGCUCUGAACACCUGGGCAGGUCGGGACCCUUUGAAGUGCGAGCUGACCUGGAGGAGUCCAUGGAGUUCGUGGACCCCGGCGCUGCCGGGGAAUCGGACGAGAGCGGCGACGAGCGCGUCAGUGAUGAGGAGACCGACCUGGGCACGGACUGGGAGAACCUGCCGAGCCCCCGCUUCUGUGAUAUCCCUUCCCAGCCCGUGGAGGGCUCCCAGAGCCAGAGCAGCCAGGUGUCCCCGCCCAUUGCGAGCAGCAGUGCGGGCGGGAUGAUCUCGUCCGCCGCCGCCUCGGUGACCUCCUGGUUUAAGGCUUACACUGGACACCGCUAGUGCGCACGGGCCGCAGCGCGCCAGGUUUGUGUCAAGAAAGUUGUUCUUCCGCCACGCUCGAGUAAACUGUGUGUGUUCCGUUAAGAUAGCGCCUGGAACAAAAAGAGGU